CAGCAGAAAAUUUAAACAUUUUGAAAUAUUUUUUUAAUCGAGUAUUCGGCCAAAUUUUAGGAAAAUAACCGCAUUAAAUAUUUUAUAUUAUUGAUAACAGUUAAUUUCUUACUGUGUUUAUUACUGGUUGCAUAACCAGUAGUUGUCAAAUCCAACCUCAAUCAUAUACAGUGUGUUUUUGUGAAAACAUGCCGCAAAAAAUUCACAUACGCCUCGCAGCUCAUCGAAUCAACCCCUCAAUUGGUGUUAAUCGCCGAGUUCCGAAGAUUUUUACUCCAGGACAAGUGAUUACGGAACAAAAUGAAUUUAUGAGAGGCCAUGGUACGUACGAAGAGGAGGGUUUUCUGAAAUCAUCAGUUGCUGGAGUUAAAGAACAGGUAAAUAAUUUAAUUUCGAUUCGUCCUUUAAAAAGUCGAUAUAACGGGGAAGUGGGUGAUGUGGUGGUUGGGAGAGUAACAGAAGUUCAGCAAAAACGCUGGAAAGUUGACACUAAUUCUCGUCUGGAUUCUGUCUUAUUGUUGUCUUCGGUUAAUCUACCAGGAGGGGAAUUGCGGCGUAGAUCAGCUGAAGAUGAACAUAUGAUGAGACGGUAUCUUCAAGAGGGUGAUCUUAUAAGUGCUGAAGUACAGAGUGUUUACUCAGAUGGUUCUUUGUCUCUACAUACGAGAAGUUUAAAAUAUGGAAAACUUUCGCAAGGUAUUUUACUCAAAGUCUUUCCCUCUCUUAUUAAAAGAAGUAAAACACAUUUUCACAAUUUAUAUGUGGGGGCUAGUAUUAUUUUGGGAAAUAAUGGUUUUAUUUGGAUUUAUCCAACAGUUUCAAACGCUGAAGAUAAUGCUGGAGGAUUUGUGCAAAAUUUGGAAGAGGUCGUUUCAAGGCCAGAAAGAGAGACUAUUGGACGUCUCAGGAAUUGUAUUUUGGCUCUUAUUCAAAGUAAAAUGAUGCUAUAUGACACUAGUAUUUUAUAUGCUUUUGAAGAAUCACAGAAAUAUUCAGUGGCUGAAUUAUUGAUUCCUGAAGCGAUGGUCGAUGUGGCUAUUUUGACUCAGGAUAGGUUAAGCAUGUUGGAGAAUUCGUAAUAAAUAUUUUUCUUAUAAAA